AUGCCCAUAACUGUCAUUCUCGGAGCCCAAUGGGGUGACGAAGGUAAGGGCAAAUUGGUUGAUGGACAGUGCCAGGAGGCUCAGCUCUGUGCCCGAGCCGCGGGUGGGCAUAACGCUGGGCAUCUCGUGCGCCCAAGUUUCUUUAGCGAGCUCAAGGAGCUUGAGAAAGACCUCACUGCGGUCCAUGAUCGGAUCUUUGUUUCUGAUAGGGUCAACAUUCUCUUGGACCUGCACAUCGCAGUGGACGGUCUCGAGGAGGAGGAACUUGGAGCUAUCGGAACAACAAGACGCGGUAUGCUCACCCCGGGACUCCAUGACGGAUUAUUCUUUUCUGUUUUCAUCAUGUCAUCGCAAACAUUACCAAAUCUUAAUGGCGUGGAAGUUCCCAGCCAAUGUCUUGCCAGCGACCCUAUAUAA